GACACGGACGUUUAACGUUGAUUCGCCUUGAUACUACUGCUGAGGGUCGACAUAUGUUUAGAGCCGCAACCAUGCUACUAGCGAAUUAAGUAUAACAUAUUUCCCCCCCUUUAAAACCAUUUCUAGCCAUUUCCAAUUUGAUUAGCGAGCGUUGCACGACCGGUGAGCGUCACAUACACACCGAGCUACCGGUCCGGCGAAGCUAAUUAGGCUAAGGUUAGCUAAGCCGUGGGUAAAACAAAAUCAACAACAAUGGCUACUGUAGCGAUCCCUGCUCGCACCACUGCCCUUUUGCUGGACAUCGAGGGCACCACCACUCCAAUCACCUUUGUAAAGGAUAUUCUGUUUCCAUACAUACGGGAGCAUCUUGAAGACUACCUGUCAGCCCACUGGGAGGAAGACGAGUGCAAACAGGAUGUUCAUCUUCUUAAAAAACAGAUCGAAGAGGACAUGAGGCAGAACCGGGCGUGUCCCGUCCACGCCGUGGACCAGACGGUGCACACGGACGAGGAGAAGGCCAUCCGCGAGGUGGUGAGCGACGUGCUGUGGCAGAUGGCCGCCGACCGCAAGUCCACGGCGCUCAAGCGGCUCCAGGGUCACAUGUGGCGAGUGGCGUAUGCGUCUGGCACAAUCAAAGGCGAAAUCUACCAGGACGUGACGCCGUCCAUCCGAAGGUGGCGAGGGCACAGCCUCAAAGUCUUCAUCUACUCAUCGGGCAGCGUGGAAGCCCAAAAACUGCUCUUCUCGCAUUCCGUAGAAGGCGACGUUUUAGAUUUAUUUGACGGUCACUUUGACACAGCCGUUGGUGCCAAAGUGGACCCCAAAAGCUACAAAAGAAUCGCUGAGAGGAUCGGCUGUCCGCCAGAAGAAAUCACCUUCCUGACGGACGUCACACGAGAGGCCAAAGCGGCAGAGGACGCCGGCGUCAACACGGUGGUGGUGGUGCGGCCGGGGAACACGGAACUGACGGAUGAGGAAGCCGCUCACUAUCACGUCAUCACGUCCUUCGGACAGCUGGAAGUGACAGGGAGAGCUUAACGGAGGCUCCAAAAAGAAAAAGACGUCAAGUAUACGAAAGCACAUUUUUAAAGGCCUCAACCUUAAUGUUUAUGUGGUUUGUCUUAUUUACAGUAAACGUGCCAUCCUCAUCA